CCCCACACUGCACACCCACCGCAGAGCAGUCCAACCCAAACCAACCGCACAGUAGAAAGACACGCACCAAAACCCACACAGCAUUAGCUUUCCAAAGCCAAAGCAAAAGCCAAAAAGCAACGACUAUGUACAGAGACACGUCGAGCUGCAACACGUACAACUAUGGCGACGCUCAGUACUGGAACGCCCGGUACAUCCAGGAGGGAGGCUCUUUCGACUGGUACCAGCGCUACACUGCUCUGCGCCCUUUCGUUCGCAAGUACAUCCCCACAUCCUCUCGGGUCCUCAUGGUCGGCUGUGGCAAUGCCGUUAUGUCAGAGGACAUGGUCAAGGAUGGGUAUGAAGACAUAAUGAACAUUGACAUUUCAUCAGUGGCCAUUGACAUGAUGAGAAGAAAAUACGAAUACAUCCCUCAGCUGAAAUACAUGCAAAUGGAUGUUAGGGAUAUGAGUCUUUUCCCGGAUGAAUCAUUUGACAGUGUCAUUGAUAAAGGAACUCUUGACUCUUUGAUGUGUGGCACUGAUGCUCCGAUUAGUGCUGCUCGAAUGCUAGGGGAAGUGAGUAGGCUUCUUAAACCUGGAGGGAUCUAUAUUUUGAUAACCUAUGGUGAUCCUACGGCAAGGAUGCCUCAUUUGAGACGACCAAUAUACAAUUGGAAAACCAUGUUGUACAUUAUACCCAGACCAGGGUUCGAGAAGCCUGAAAAUUGCAGUUCAUCAACAAAGUCAUACUUGGAACCCGUUCCGACCACUGAGAGUGGCUUACUUCCACCAGGUUUUGUUUUGGAAGAUCCAGAUUCUCACUUUAUAUACGUGUGUAGAAAGAUGGAUGAGACAGAGUUAAGUAAUAUGUCCAUCUACCCUUUCACAAAUGAUGUUUAAUAGGAUGUAAUUUGUGUGCUCGUCUCCAAGCUUUGACAUGCAUCACAGCCGUUUAUAUGAUUAUUGUCGCCAACUGCACAACCAGGACUAGUCAUUAGCAUCCUUGGAAUUGCUUGUAAAAGAUACAAGAUCCUUCUUUCCCCCCACCCCAAAAAAAAAAAAAAAAAAAAAAAAACUUGAAAUUGUAGGCUAGCUUUAGAUAUGAGGAAAUAGCAAUGAAUAGGAAAAAUGAAACCCAUUGGGGAAACCAUAGUGAGAUCAGCAUAACUUGCAUGUCCUUUUACUGUACUUUCAGACACGAAGCUUGUUUUCUUGUAUUCUUUCUGUACAUUGGUUUCUUUCAUGUUUUUGUGACAGAAAUUAUUUAGUGUUGGUGUGACAUAAAUUGUUAUCUAUGUUACAAGUUUUCCUUUAAA